AGGCCUGCUAACACGGGCGUGCGAAUUAGACACCCCGGGUGCACUGCUCUGGUUUCUGACCAAAAACCGGGGGCUCGCUCGGUCAUAGUAUCAGUGCAGGAAUUAGAGUUCCUUGUGAUAAAAUUUUAUUGUUAAUUCAUUCUCCAGCUACGUCUCCGACAACUCGAUCAAUGCGAUGGCAGACCAAACCAUGGCCCCUGCUCCCACGCCCGACAUGCCGCCUGGUCUAGUCGCCACCCCCGACCCCGAGGACCCCUUGGAGCUCGCCGUGGAGCGAAGGCUCUGCGCCGGGCACCACGGCGACGGCGACGCCAGUUCGAUCACCAUCUUCCGGAUCCCGGCCCACGUCCGCGACGAGAACAGGCAGCUUUACGAGCCCCGGAUGGUGUCCGUCGGCCCCUACUAUCGCGGCCGCGACGAGCUCCGCGCCAUGGAGCAGCACAAGUGGCGCUACCUCCGCCACCUUCUCGACCGCGCCACCACGGUGCCCCUGCGCGCCUUCGUGCGCGCGGUCCGCGACGUCGAGGCGCGCGCCCGACGCUGUUACAGCGAGACGCCCUUCCUUGGCGGCGACGACGAGUUCGCGGAGAUGCUGCUCCUUGACGGCUGCUUCGUACUCGAGUUCUUCUUCAAGUGGCACAGGAGGGAGCCCGACGCGCUCUGCGACGCCGGCUGGGCGCUCGCGUUGCUGCACUCCGACCUCAUCCUCAUGGAGAACCAGAUUCCCUUCUUCGUCCUCGAGGCUCUCUUCGACGCCUUUUUCCGCGGUGGGAUCCCAAGGGAGGAUCUUGUCGCGCUUCUCCUCAUGCACCUCAAGCACAACGGCGCUAUCUUUCCCCAAAAAUCUCGGAGCCCGGCGCCGACCGGUCCGAUCGACCAUAUGCUCCACCUCUUCCACGAGGCGUUCGUGCCCAAGCCUCAGACAACGCCGGUGGAGGAGAAGCCGGCCUCGCCGCCGCCGCGGGUGAUACCUUGCGUGAGCGCGCUCCGCGAGGCCGGCGUGCGGUUCGCCAAGAAGCCGUCCCCUCGAGGCAUGUUCGAUAUAACGUUCGACGGCAAGACGGGCGUCAUGGAGAUGCCCCCCGUAGUGAUCGACCAGGCGAGCCUGCCGCUGCUCGUUAACCUCAUCGCCUUCGAGCAGAGCAGGGGGCGGACUGGUUCUGGCGCUCCACUGACGAGCUACGCAGCGUUCAUGUGCUCGCUGGUGCGGACGGGGAAGGACGUGGACGCGCUGCAGGGCGCGGGCAUCGUGGACAACAUGCUGUCCAGCGACGACGACGCGGCCGCCAGGUUCUACCAGUCGCUGGGCGCGUGCAGCACCAUGGACUACGACGACCACCUGUUCGCGCCGCUCUUCGCCGACGUGAAGCGGUACCACGACUCGAGCUGGCACAGGCACAAGGCCAGGUUGAUGCGCGACCACUGCAGCAACCCGUGGUCCGUCAUUGCACUGGUGCUCGCCGUGCUGGCAUUCUUCUUCUCUCUCUUCAACCAAACCGUGGCUAUCUACAGUAUCGCUCACCCUCAACGCAAUGAUUAGGUACUUCGCUAGUAAAAAAAAGAAUUGCUAAAAGACACUAUGGUUUUUUAGGGGCUUCAACAUCCAGACUUAUUCUUCCCCUAUUUUCUUCCAGAGUUGCAUGUGUUUAUAGACGAGGACAGAAAUUUUGGGUGUUUUAAGGCCCUACCACACUUGAAUUUUCGUUCACACUUUGAGUUACAGAAAAAUUUGUAUUGGAGUUACAAUUACUUUAUACUAGAGUUAUGGUCAUUGUUUUGGUGUAGUCUCAUUAGACAUCUGCACAGAAAGCAU